AUGUCCAAAGCAUGCAAUCACACGAAUGAGAAGCUUGAUUUCCUGCAGAUCGACGCCGGCACCUGCGCCGAGCUGCGCCGCCUGGGGCCGUUCCUCGAGCCGGGUCUGGAGGAGAUCCUGGGCGCGUUCUACCGGCACAUCACCGCCGUGCCGGAGCUUGCGGAAAUGCUCGGUGCGCCGAGCAACGUCGCCCGGGUGCGCAGCCUUCAGGCGCAGCAUUGGUCGCGGCUUCUCACCGGCGCCUUCGAUGCCGACUACCGGGAGCGCGCCCGACGGAUCGGCGAGGCGCACCACAGGCACGGCCUGACCCCGUCCUGGUAUCUCGGCGGCUACUGUUUCGCACUCAACGGGCUGCUCGCCCUGGUGGUGCGGCGCUAUCGUUGGCGGCCGCGCGCGCUCGUCGGCGCGCUGACGGCUCUCAACAAGGCCGUGUUCCUGGAUAUGGACUGCGCCAUCGAGGUCUACAACGACGCGGUGCUGCACGAGCGCGCGGCACGGCAGCGCAGCGUCGAUGCGCUGAUCGCGCAGUUCGACGGGCGCACUGGCGAGCUUCUGGCGGCCACCAGCCGAGCGGUGCAGAGCCUGCGGCAGAUCGCCGAGGGCAUGACGACCACCGCCGCCGCGACCGACACCCAGGCCGGACGGCUGGCGAGAGCGAGCGAGCGGGCCGCCGCCAACGUGGAAAGCGUCGCCGGGGCGGCCGAGGAGCUGGCGGGCUCGAUCACCGAGAUCUCCCGCCAGGUCGAGCAGUCGACCGCAGCGGCCACCCGUGCGACCGAGCAGGCCGGUGCGACCGAUGCCACGGUGCGCGAGCUGGCCGCUAGCGCCGAGGGCGUCGGGCGCAUCGCCGGCAAGGGCUUCGCGGUGGUGGCCUCGGAGGUGAAGAGCCUGGCGACCCAGACGGCCAAGGCGACCGAGGAGAUAGCGCGGCGGAUCGGCGAGAUCCAGACUGUCUCCAAGGGGGCGGUGGCCGCGAUCGGCGGCAUCGGCGAGACCAUCGCGGAGCUGAACGCGGCAACCGGCUCGAUCGCCGCGGCCAUCGCGCAGCAGCAGGCGGCGACCGCCGAGAUCGCCCGCAAUGUCCAAGAGGCCGCCGGCGGCACCGCCGAGGUGCGCCGCGGCUCGGGCGAGGUCACCACGGCGGCCGGGGAGACCGGGGUGGCGGCGAAGACCGUCCACCAGGCCGCCAGCGACCUGCAGCGGCACGCCGACGAGUUGGGCGGACAGCGCCCUUCCAUGAGUUUUGCCGAUACCUUCGCCAGCGCCACGCCGGAGUCGCAGGAAAUCGGGGCGGCGACCGAGGCGCCUGGAGACCCGGCCGCGCCCGCGGGGGACUGGUCGGCGUUCGACGGCGCGGCCGGUCAGCUCCUGGCGCUUUCGGUCGACGCCAUCGUGCUCGUCGGCCCCGACAACCGCAUCGCCGCCUUCAAUGCCGGAGCCGAGAAGAUCUUCGGCUGGGCGGCGGAGGAGAUACGCGGGCGCCCGUUGGAGACGCUGCUGCCGGCCCGCCUGCGGGCGCGGCACCGCGCGGCGGUCGGCGGCUUUCUCGAAAGUGGCUGCGUCUCGCGUCAGAUGGGCGAACGGGCCCGCGUCGUCGGCCUGCACCGCAGCGGCCGGGAGUUUCCGGCCGCGGUGACGAUCAUCCGCGCGCAGCGGCCGAGCCCCUGGGGCUACGCCGCGAUCGUGCGCGACCUGACCGCGGAGACCGCGGCGCGCCAAGCGCUGGAGAAGAACGAGCGGCGCCUGCGCAGCGCCCAGCGGAUCGCCGGUAUCGGGUACUGGGACCUGGACCUGGCGAGCCGCCGGCUGGUCUGGUCGAGCGAGGUCUUCCGCAUCUUCGACAUCGCCGAAGGCGACUUCGACGGCACGCUGGACGCCUUCCUGGCGCGGGUGCAUCCCGACGAUCGCGAUCUGGUGCUGCAGCGCUUCCAGGCCGCGCUCGAGGGGCGCCGGCCCUAUGUGAUCGAGCAUCGCAUCCUGCGCCCCGACGGGGCCGUGCGCACGGUGAUGGAGCGGGGCGAGGUGGAGCGCGACGAGGCCGGGCGGGCGGUUUUCGUCGAGGGCAUCGUUCAGGACAUCACCCGCCACAAGCUGACCCAGCAGCGCCUGCUGCAGGCCCGCAACGAGGCCCUGGCGGCGAGCGCGGCCAAGUCGCAGUUCCUCACUACCAUGGGCCACGAGCUGCGCACGCCGCUCAACGCCAUCAACGGUUUCUCGAAGAUGCUGGUCGAUCAGCUACUCGGACCGCUCGACGCGCGCUAUCACCAGUACGCCGCCCACAUUCUGGAGGCGGGCGAGCAUCUGACCGGCGUCAUCAACACGGUGCUCAACGCCGCGCGCCUGGAGGGCGGUCGGAUGGAGCUGGCCGAGGAGGAGAUGGCGCUGGCCGAGCUGCUGGCCGGCGCCGCCGGGCUGUUGGAGGCGGAGGCGCGGCGCUGGGGCUCGUCGCUCGUGCUCGCCGAGGGCCCACGGCUCACCCUGCGCGGCGACAAGCAGAUGCUGCGCCAGGUUCUGUUCAACCUGGUCGGCAACGCCCUGAAGUUCAGCCCGCGCGGCAGCCGCAUCGAGAUCGCCGCGACACGCCGGGCGGACGGCGCCGUCGUGCUCAGCGUCGCCGACGAGGGGCCCGGCAUCGACCUGGCGCUGGUGCAGGCGCCGAUCCAGCCCUUCGUCCAGGGCGAGGCGGGCCUGGCGCGCAAUCACGAGGGGCUCGGCCUCGGCCUCUACCUGGUCAAUUCCAUCGUCAAGCUGCACGGCGGCGGGCUGGAGUUCGCCCAUCGGCCGCGGGGCGGCACCCUGGCCCGCGUGAUCCUGCCGGCCGCGCGUGUGGUCGGGGAGGAGAGGGGCGAUGCGGCCGCGAAGGGCAAAGCCGGCCGCGCCGGCGACGGCUGA